CCCGAUCGGCUGCAGGAAUUUGACUAGAGUCCAUGCCUCGCGGGCUCCGGGGGUUGCUGUCAGAGUUCUUCCCCCGCUGCCCGUGCGGCUUUGGCCGUGCUCUCCGCCUGCAACGAGACUCCAAGAACCGUACUUAGUGAGCACUUAGCUUCGGAAGGAAAGGUGCUGAUCUGAAUCUGGUCCCUUCCCCUGCGACCAAAACUGUCCUCUCAUGGUGGAAGGGACCAGGCAGCCAAAUAGAGAUGCCAUCAGUCAUUCCAACGGGAGAGAAGGACGUCUCUCAAUCUCAGCAACAAUGGAAAACGAAUCCCCAGGAGAACCUUGAUUCAACUAUUCAGAUUAGGCAACAGCCUGGAGACCCUCCUACUGAAACCCUUGAGCUGGGAGUGAGCCCAGAUCCAGACAGCCAAAAUCUAGAUCAUACUCGAAGGACUGAAAAACUGGUUGCUGGACUAGAAGGAGACUCUGAGAAGUCUCAUGAAUCAGCCAGUGAGAUGCCAGGGCCCCUCCAAGCUUCUAAUCUUUGGUAUUGUCCUGAUGGGAGCUUUGUCAAGAAGGUCAUAAUCCAUGGCCAUGGCCUAGACAAACCCAAGCUAGGCUCCCGUUGCCGGGUACUGGUUUUGGGGUUUCCUUUUGAGUCAGGCCUGCCAGAGGGCUGGACAGAGCUAACUAUGGGGGUAGGGCAGUGGAGGCAGGAGACUUGGGGGGAGCUUUUAGAAAAAUGCUUGGAGUCCAUGUGUCAAGGUGAGGAGGCAGAGCUGCAGCUCCCGGGGCACUCUGGAGCUCCUAUCAGGCUCACACUGGCUUCCUUCACUCAGGGCCGGGACUCUUGGGAGUUGGAGGCCAGUGAGAAGGAGGCCCUAGCCAGGGAAGAACGUGCACGGGGCACAGAAUUAUUUCAAGCUGGGAACCCUAAAGGGGCUGCCCGAUGCUAUGGCCAGGCUCUUCGGCUGCUGCUGACUUUACCCCCACCUGGCCCUCCUGAACAAACUGUCCUUCAUGCCAAUCUGGCUGCCUGUCAGCUGCUGCUAGGGCAACCCCAGCUGGCAGCCCAGAGCUGUGACCGGGUCUUGGAGCGGGAGCCUGGCCAUUUGAAGGCCUUGUACCGAAGGGGGGUUGCCCAGGCUGCCCUUGGGAACCUGGAGGAAGCAACUGCUGACCUCAAGAGGGUGCUGGAGGUAGACCCAAAGAACAGGGCAGCGCAGGUGGAGCUGGGGAAAGUGGUCAUUCAGUGGAAGAAACAGGAUGCGGGGCUGGCCCAGGGUCUGCGCAAGAUGUUUGGCUGAUUAAAGAUGAAACCUUAAGAGACAGAAACCUGUGAAUUGUGGUCUGUGCUAUGAGAGUUUUGGGGG